AUGUACCAUGCAUGACCGCAUUUCUCACUGGAUCGACAGACUGCCAGUGACGGCUGAAAAAGACGUUAAGCGCAAGCGUUGCGAGUACCCGCAAACUCGAUCAAUCGAUCUGCCGACGCCGCCCGCAACCCAAAUCUGCCGUUUUACUGGCGAUGUGCCGCCUAGUCCAAUUAUAAACACACCACCGACGAAGCGACAGCGAAAUUUUCCGAGUCACCAAGCCGAAGUCGAGGAGGUCGAACAGACACCCCGUCCUACCGUCGCCGCUCUCCGCGGCAAUGUCUCCCUCAGUUACUCUACAUUAUCGAGGGCAACGAGCAAGCGCAGCAAUAGCCCCCGCAAAAGGCAGGCAGAAUUGGAGGUGGAGCCCGAAGAAGCUAUUCAGGUGCGGUCACUGGCUAACGGCAGACUACCGGAUGAGCUGUUCUUGCUUGUGUCUGAGCUCGAAAAAGCUGCAAGCGGUGAUACACCAGUGCUGCACGCGUCACUCAAGCAGGAGCUAAAAUACGCGGAAGAGAAGGCAAAGGAGAGGCGUGCGUUGGGGUAUCGCAUACCUGACUCCGCAUUUACGAGCGGAGAAGAAGAUACGACGGGAGAUUUGAUUACCGACGUCCCCGCCUCUAAAGUCUGCGAGGUGUUUCUCGCCGCUUUACGCUGUUAAGAACGCAAAUAUGACGAAAAUGGGUGGAAUUAGG